AUAUAUAAGGGGUGAGAUCAGUGUAUGCUUCACUUUGUACUUGCCUACAGUCCUGUACGGUUUGUGGCAACGAUGAAGACCUUGUUUGGAAUAGUUGCUCUCAUUUCCUUGGUUGCUUCGGCUAUUGCGGCUACGCUCAAUGACCCAUCGGGGUAUGCUGGAGGCUGGGGACCUUGGGGUCCAUUCUGCAAAUGUAGCAAGUCUUGUGGAGGUGGCACACAGUAUCGUUUAAGGGUGUGUGCUAAUCCACCAGUGUACGGUAAAAUUCCACCAUGCGAAGGCAGCGACAGGCAUACUCAAGACUGUGGAACUCAUCCUUGUCCAGUGGAUGGAUAUUGUGAAGCUUAUGGUGGCUGGGGCGCUUGCAGCAAGACAUGUGGUGGUGGAACUUGUAAGAGAACACGAAAAUGUUACCCACCUAAGUACGGAGGAAAAACUUACGUUGGAUACCCUGAAGAAACCAAGAAAUGUGGAACACAUCCUUGUCCAGUGAAUGGAUAUUGUGAUGCCUAUGGCAGCUGGAGUAAAUGUACCAAGACAUGUGGAGGUGGAACUUGUACGAGAACACGAAAAUGCUACCCACCUAAAUAUGGAGGAAAGGCUUAUAGCGGUGGCUAUAAGGAAACUAAGAAAUGUGGAACACAUCCUUGUCCAAUCGAUGGAUAUUGUGAAGCAUAUGGCGGCUGGAGUAAAUGUACCAAAACAUGUGGUGGUGGAACUUGUANGAGAACACGAAAAUGCUACCCACCUAAAUAUGGAGGAAAAGCUUACGUUGGAUACCCUGAAGAAACUAAGAAAUGUGGAACGCAUCCUUGUCCAGUGGAUGGAUAUUGUGAUGCUUAUGGCAGCUGGAGCAAAUGCACCAAAACAUGUGGUGGUGGAACUUGUACGAGAACACGAAAAUGCUACCCACCUAAGUACGGAGGAAAGGCUUACGUUGGAUAUCCUGAAGAAACUAAGAAAUGUGGAACGCAUCCUUGUCCAGUGGAUGGCUAUUGUGAUGCUUAUGGCAGCUGGAGUAAAUGUACCAAGACAUGUGGUGGUGGAACUUGUACGAGAACACGAAAAUGUUACCCACCUAAAUAUGGAGGAAAAGCUUACGUUGGAUACCCUGAAGAAACUAAGAAAUGUGGAACACAUCCUUGUCCAGUCGAUGGAUACUGUGACCCUUACAGCAGCUGGACCAAAUGUAGCAAGACAUGUGGUGGUGGAUUCCGUACAAGAUCACGAAAAUGUUACCCACCUAAAUAUGGAGGAAAACCAUGCCCAAAACCUUCUGAGGAAACUCAAUCAUGUGGAACUCAUCCUUGCCCAGUUAAUGGCGGUUAUUCUUCUUGGUCUUCAUGGACUUCCUGUUCCAAAACCUGUGGAAGAGGUCAUUGCUCAAGAAGCCGUGCGUGUAUAAACCCACGCCCCCUGUAUGGCGGUAAACCGUGCAGCGGUGAUGCGAAGGAGACCGGAAGUUGUUACAUCGUCCCUUGUCCAUAUCCGGGAGGCAAUCCAUAUGGACCCCCUCCUGCCUACGACGAAGGAGAAGAAUAAUAACUUCAUGCCUACGACAAAAUUCAAAUUCAAGGAACCAUAUGAUAUCAUCCAAUGUACCGCGUUCAACGAAGUAUUUUAGGCUUAGUGAUAACCUCGGUGUGAUAAGAUAAAACAUAUACUUAAUGGCAUUCUAUAAAUCGGGAAUGGUUUAGUUCCAUGGGACUGAAACAAGGAAAACGUCGGGUAGAAACAUACCUGAUCAAGAGAAAUGUAAAAAUAUAAGGAAUAAUAAUUAGAAAAUAAAGUGAAAUAUCAAAAUCA